CAGGGGAGUAGCUUAUUGCUGAGCAACGGAGGAAGAGAAGGCCAGCGCACUCAGGGCUGGGCUCUAUACACACCUUCAACAGCGACUCGCAGCUGAAAGAAAAGGGAUGGCCUAGCUUUGCUGCACAGCCAGUGGUCUCUCAGCUGUGGUCUAUCACCUGGACCAGAGGAGGUGUGUACUAGAGGCAGCAGCAGGGCGCAGAGAUGAGCGUGACCUCCUGGUUCCUGGUGAGCAGCGGGGGAACUCGUCAUCGACUCCCCCGGGAAAUGAUCUUCGUGGGCAGGGAUGACUGCGAGCUUAUGCUGCAGUCUCGUAGCGUAGACAAGCAGCACGCAGUCAUCAACUAUGAGCCGGGGACUGACGAACACAAAGUGAAAGACCUGGGAAGUCUGAACGGGACCUUUGUAAACGAUGUCCGCAUUCAGGAGCAGAUGUACAUCACGCUGAAAUUGGAGGACAAGCUGAGGUUUGGAUAUGAUACCAACCUGUUCACGGUGGUGAGAGGAGAGCUCACUGUGCCUGAGGAAGCAUUAAAGCAUGAAAAGUUCACCAGUGGCCUUCAGCUCAGCAAGAAGCCAUCCAACAGUGAAACCACGGCCAACACGACCAAGAGCCAUUCUCCUUCUAAGGCCCCAACGAAAACGCCAAAGUCACCGAGCGGCGGCACUCCAAAGUCUGUGGAGAGCAGAGCAGCAGAUGGGAUCACUUCCUCCAGAGAACAGUCGACCAAGCCGCUGGACUCUCAAGGGGACAGUACAGCUCUGCCUCGUGGGACUCCACUGUAUGGUCAGCCCUCAUGGUGGGGGGAUGGAGAUGCAGACGAUGAAAACUCCUUCAAACAAGAAACCAAGUCCAAAAAACACGACGGCUCCAUUUCAGAGAGCAAGGAGGCGCGUCGGGGAGAGAAAUCAAAGGAGGACGGCCUUCAUGCGUCCCCUGCUCUCGAUUCCAGUUACUUUGAGGUCCCCACAAAGGAAGGUCACAUGGCAAAUAAUGGCAUCCAUGAAAUUCCCACCAAGGACACAGAGGAUGCUCCCAGUCAGAGCCACACCACUGCAGCUCAAGGGCACGCCUCCUUCACCAUAGAGUUUGACAACACAUCUCCAGGGAAAGUCACCAUUAAAGACCACGUGUCAAAGUUCACGUCGGACCACCACAGAUCCCGCACCAAGAAGAGCACGGCGGGAAGCGGCGGCUCUGGAAGCAAGGACCUCACCACGCUGCAGGCCGCCAUGAUGGCAUCUGAGAGCAAAGUGGCGGAUUGGCUGGCUCACAACGACCCCACGUUAGUGCACACCGAGUCCACCGAGGACGACAGCAAGAGCACCAAGAGCAUUAAGAGUGACGUCCCGGUCCAUCUAAAGAGGCUCAAAGUAGGGAGCAAACAUGAAGAUGGCACCCAAAGUGACUCUGAGAACGGACUCGGCCUGCGUUUCGCCAACCGUAGACACGCCCUCGAGGAGCGCCUGAAGACAGCACACAACCACGUGGCUGGGGGAUCCGCAGGGGCGGCCGCAACUGUCAGCGGGACCAGAGCCACCGGCAGCCGAACGGCUUUCAUGAUCGAAUUCUACGACGAGGAAAACCCUCGCAAGCGUCGCUCUUACUCAUUUUCCCAGACUGCUCCACUGCUGGGGGGCGGAGUAGGCGGAGAAGGACUGUGUCCACAGCCUCCAUCGCACCCUAAGGUGUUCAGUAUUUCAACGUCUGCUGCCUCAGCUGCAGAUUCAGGUAAAGCUCCAGCUCCAAUACCAGCCACAGUAACUGUGGGCGCUCCAACGGCUGCCCGUGUGCUGCUCAAGCAGAGAUCAGAGGACCAAAGUAUCGGUCGGAGCUCGGCUAGUACUGGGCUGGCGACUGGGAGCCCCACAACUCCCAGCGAGGACACUUCGGUCCUCGGCAAGGGAGCUGGAACUGCUGGGGGAGAGGUGGACGAGGACCACAGUGACAAGGGGACUUACACUAUUGAACUGGAGAAUAAAAAUCCAGAAGAAGAAGAGGCCAGGCGCAUGAUAGACAAGGUGUUCGGGGUGCAGGAGAAUACAAGCAGCUUGGUUUUGUCUGACCUAAAAGGAAAAGGAAAGGACUCAGGACACACUGGGAAAGAGGCUCUUGGUGACUCAAGCUGGGUCUCUCAUUGGGCCAGUUUAGCUGCUAAUCAAGCAAGGACUGACCCAGAAGGUUCUGGAGCAGAAGCAGCAACAUUCCUGCACAAAGAGAGAGGAUCUGAUGCCUUUGAGUCUGCUGCUCCUCCCCUUGGCAAAGGUGAACCCUCUUCCAGCCUGACCGACCGUAAACGCAGGACCCUCCCCCAGCUCCCAGUGGACGACCCCCGGGCUAAACCCACUCCCAAAGCACUGAGGUCUGAGAUAGGGGAGAAACAGGACACUGAGCCCCAGGAAAAAGAGAACAAGGGAGACGGAGAGUCCCCAACCCCCAUGGAGGACGGCGAAAUGACCAACAAGAGGAAACAAAGCUCGGCCACCUCCUCUCCGUCUAAGGGUCCGGUUCGGGGCACUGAAAGAAGGAAGAGGUCAGAGGAGAGCAACGGAGGAGAAGCAGGAGAAGGAGGGGAGAAAUCCGGGAAGGCCCUUGUUCGCCAGGGUAGCUUUACCAUCGAGAAGCCCAGUUCAAGCGUCCCUCCAGAGCUUAUCCCUCGUAUCAACAGAGGCAACAAUGAGCGUGAGCGCAGCGACUCCGUGGGCAGCAUGGACACCGCUACUCUGCUUAAAGACACGGAGGCUGUCAUGGCAUUCCUAGAAGCUAAGCUCAGAGACGAGAACAAACUAGACCAGAAAAGUAUUAAAACUCCUCCUAGUGCCACCAUUGGCCUCCCAGCUCGGACUGACUCCAUAUCCCCAGAAUCAGACUUGGACACAGCCAGCACGGCUAGCCAUGCUGCAGCAGAGGCAGGGGGAAAGGCCGCUGCAGGCGGCAUGCAAAAGCGGAAGUCUCUCAGCAGCAUGCACCGGGAAAAGAGCAAUAUGAGCACAGCGUCCAAGACGACCUCCGGAAACGGCAGCGCUCGCGAACGCCUGGAGAGAAAGGCUAAAGGUAGAACAGCCGAAGUGACGAGUCGGACUCGCUCCGCUCAACCCGCCGCUUCCUCCAGAGCACGCCAGCCUUCCCUGGAUCUCACCGACGAUGACCAGACCUCCUCUUUCCCCAUCUCUGACAUUCUGUCUUCAGACCAGGAAACCUACUCUGGGCCUUUGGGGAACUCGGUUCAUAGACGAGGCUCAGAAGAUGUCCUCCAUUCCAAACUCGACGGCAGAUCUUCCAAGACGUCCAUGAGCGGUGCCUCCAAAACCAGCCGAAAUCUGCAGGCAGCAACGGCCUCCUCACUCAACAAGCAGGCCUCUCUGCCUCAACCACGACCCACUAGAGCCUCCCUUCUCCGCCGGGCCCGACUGGGGGACACGUCUGACACAGAUCUAGCCGAUGCAGACCGGGUUUCCGUGGCGUCCGAGGUGUCCACGACAAGCUCCACCUCUAAGCCGCCGUCCGGCCGGAAGGGACUGUCGCGGCUGGACAUGCUGGCUCAGCCACGGAGGAAUCGCGUGGGCUCCGUCUCGGCACGCAGCGACUCGGAGUGCACAGUGAGCCGGCCCUCCACAGCUUCACCACGCCUGUCCGCAGAGACCGCGCUGCGUCUCGGCUUGCGCUCGACAACACCCACAGAGAAUCGGCUCUCGCCAAGGAUGAGAGCCAACAGUGUGUCGAAACUCAACGAGCCCAAGGCCAAAACCACUACAUCUGGAUACUGCUCGCCCACAGAAAGCUCUCAGCCUGAACCUCCAGAUGGUGAUGCAGAGGAAGAGCUGAUGGUGUCCAGCAGCAGCAGGUGGCGGCGCCUGCCGCCGGAGUACGGCUCCACCUCGGAGGAAGAGUUCGGCUCCAGCCGGAACUCGGCAAAGCAUGGCGCUCGCCCCCACGUCCGGCCCCACCACCUCGUCCCGCACCGCGGCUCGAGACUCAGCUCCGCCACCAGCUCGGGACCGCCGGGCGUGGUGCCGAUCCCCGGUGGAGCGGGCAUCAAACACCGCAUGAAGGAGCAGGAGGAGUACAUCAGGGACUGGACAGCUCACAGCGAAGAGAUUGCCAGGUUGUUCCCCUGUGUGCGCAGGAUCAGCCAGGACUUGGCCAAGGACUUGGCCAUCUUGGCACGUGAGAUCCACGACGUGGCCGGUGAGAUAGACUCGGUCAGCUCGUCCGGCACAGCGCCGAGCACCACCGUCAGCACCGCCGCCACGACCCCGGGGUCAGCCAUCGACACCCGGGAAGAGGUAGGCCCUGCACGCCCCGCGCAGCCGGACAUACAGGAGAGCAUGAAAAAGCUGGUGGAUCGAGUGUUUGACGAGAGCCUCAAAUUUAGAAAGAUCCCUCCAGUUAUUUCAUCCAACAAGCCGCCAGAGAUCAACGGAAAGCCCGUUGAGCACCAACCCCGAGCUCCUGACGGCCGGGAGCCUCGGGCCUUGAGGAGGCGCACCUGGAACCGAGAGGAGGCGGUGUUGGACAGCCUCCUGAUCCACUCUGUGUCUCAGCUCUCCACCAAGAUCAGACACUCUGUUGACAGAACAGCAGGGAAAAUCAGGAUCUUGUUCAAGGAUAAGGACAGAAACUGGGAUGAAAUUGAGAGUAAACUGAAAUCAGAGAGUGAAGCUCCACUUCUUAAAACCUCCAACAAGGAAAUCUCUUCGAUUUUGCUCGAACUGAAGAGAGUUGAGAAACAGCUCCAAGUGAUUAACGUGAUGGUGGACCCAGACGGGACUUUGGACGCCUUGGCCAGCCUCAGCCUGUCCAGCCCCACCAAGGUCCCAACCGCCAAAGCCACGCCCCCCUCCGCCGCCAGCCCAGCCAAAGAGUCGCUGCCCGAAAUCCUUCCUGGGCCUGACGGUUCGGCCGCCUCCACCAGGGUUCAGUCUUCAGCCGCCAGCACAGAGAGCCGAGAAAACCUCGUGGGUUUGGGCCUGGCGGGCGUCGUCGGGCUGCCCUUCAGUCGCAGGCGGCCGAGCGGAGAAGAGGCCAUCGCACAGAAAUGAACGGCAGCUCUCCUCGAUGAGAAAUGAAUAAACAUGAGCAUGGAUUAGCGUGUAGGUGGCUGGCAGACGCACAGCCUUCUUUUUACCCAACAGUGAUCAGAAAUGAAGUGAGAUUCUCAACCGCUCCGAAAACCAACUAGCAGAAACUUGACCCAAGGAUGUUUCAGAUAGCCUGACGGUAACAUCCCAGCCACCAGCUGCUGACGCCCAACAACCAACCUGACAUCCACAUGGACCGAGGCCUGUUUCACUCCUCUUGCCUUUUUUAUGCAUCGGGACCCUUCCUGCGCUGAGGACAUGCCUUAAAACAUAACUCGCCCCCCGUAGCAGCGUCGCACCUCAUCCCCUCAAACACUAGUCGACACAUUUUUUUGUGAGCUCAUAGAAGACAAACUGAAUGCGUUGUAAAGUAACACUUUAACAUGUUUUAGUUACACUUACACAAAGGAUAUUUCAGCUCAAUUAUGAGAAACAUGGUUUAAACCUAAAAGUAUUGAGAUUAUGCCAGAAAUCAAGCAGAAUUUUAUUCAUGUAAAAAGAUGAUAUAAAAUAAUUACCACUUAAUAAGCCUAAUAAGUAGAACCUGGUUCUACUUAUUAGGCUUCCAUUCAUCUUGAGUUUUCCUCUUCGCAUUAAAUUUUUCUGUCCCAAUCGCUUGAAACACACUUUCUCCCUACAGCAUGUUCAAAACACAACUGCAAGUCAAAUCUGACUUAUUUGGAUUGGUGGUUUUAGCAGCUUCAGUCAUUACCUGUUUACGGAUGUAUCUGUUUUCAAAUUGUUGUGCCAUUUUUAAAGCAAUCUCUCCUGGGGAAGCAACAAAUUACAAUUCAUCCUAAUGUUGCUGGUUGUGAAGAGCUAUUCUCUCCCAGUUAACAAGAAACUGUGUCCUCACCUGCAGAGUACUCAACAUUUAUUAUCGGCCAAUAAAAGUAAAAGCCUUAAAAUAAAUUCAUCUUUGAUUGCAGCAGCACAAUCUCACACUGGAAAAUCCUGAAAAAUCUAACAAUAAAUGAGAACAUUUUUUCAGGAGCAGCCACAAGAAAACAUUAGUGAAUAAUUUUCUCAUUUUUUUUGGAUAAUGACUAGUGCUACACUGAUUGGUUCAUAUAACAAGGCCUCUAGGAAAGCAGAGUCAGAACUUUUUGCCACAUCAGGUCGAUCAAAAAUCAUUUUAAUUUCUUUAAAAACUUUUUAAAAAAUGUCCGUGCUCAAAAAUAACUUAAGUGUGCUAUAUUUUCAUGAAACAAACAAAAGUAAUCUGAUUUUUGCAAUAAGAUUAUCUUUGACUCAUUGUGGUACUGGAAUAUAAAAAGAAAGGCCUCAUGUGAUUGUCUUAUUAAAAAAACCUUUUCAAGUUCAUUGUUUUCUAUUUUGCUGGUGUCAAACAAAUUUGGUCUAAAUUCAGCAACAAGGAGACGCAGUUUACCACAGAUAAAAGAGUGUGAGAUUGUGUUACUACAGUGGGAGAUAAAUUUAUUAUUUUUAGGCUUUCUACAUGUUGUUUAGGGGUGCCAAUCUAUUUUUGUUCCAAUUGG